UGCUAGGGCAGAUACUAUUUGCAUGAACAGUAAUUGACCUUAUCUCCCAUUUUCUUUUGCCAUGACAAAUAGGUGGAAGUGUUCUUAUAUACAGGCAAAGAGAGAGAGAGAGAGAGAGACAGAGAGAGAGAGAGAGAGAGAGAGAGAGAGAGAGAGGGGGGGUAAAUGGAGAAUCCGAAACACUUUGUUUUGGUUCAUGGAAUUUGCAAUGGAGCAUGGUGCUGGUACAAGCUUGUCACUCUCCUCCGGCACGCCAGUCACCGUGUCACUGCCUUGGACCUUGGUGCUUCUGGGAUCAACUCCAAGCAGCUACAUGAGAUCACUUCCGUUUGGGACUAUGUCCAGCCAUUGAUGGAGUUCAUGGCUUCUAUUUCCCUCGAGGAGAGGGUCAUAUUGGUUGGCCAUAGUUAUGGCGGCCUUCCUAUAUCUCUGGCCAUGGAGAGCUUUCCUCAGAAGGUUUUGGCUGCUGUUUUUGUCACAGCCUAUAUGCCUCAUUACAAUUCUUCCCCUGGAGUUCUCAUACAAGAAUACUUCAAAGGGACUCCAGUUGAAUCAUUAUUGGAUUGUGAGCUUAAGUUUGGCCAAAACCAGGAAAAUCCACUAACCUCAGUUGUCUUUGGUCCACAAUACAUGGCAGAAAAAUUGUUCCAGCAGUGCAAACCAGAGGAUCUGGAAUUAGCUAAAAUUUUGGUAAGGCCAUCCGGGUUGUUCUUGGAAGACUUCAUGACCAAAGAGUGCCAGCUAACAGAACCGAAGUUCGGGUCAGUAACUAAGGUUUUUGUAGUGUGCGAAGGAGAUGAAGUUGUCAAAGAAGAAUUUCAACGGUGGAUGAUUGAGAAUGGUCCGACUGCACAAGUGAUACUGAUUAGAGAAGCUGGUCAUAUGGUCAUGCUCUCAAAGCCCGAACAACUCUGUGGAUGCUUAUGUGAAGUGGCUGAGAAAAUAUUGUAAUGCUUGUUUUAAACCUUUCAAUAAAUCCAAAAUCUGUUGGCUUUGUGGCCAGAGACUAAUUUGUUACAACCAUAGUCUGAAAUAUCGAUAAUAUCGAGGAAAUAUCGAGGAUAUUUCGGUUUUUUUGAA